CUGCCGCCGGCGCCUCACCCGGCUGCACCCCGCUGCCGUGGCCGGCGGAGCGGGCGGCGGCAGCACCUGAGCCCGGGCGGCAGGGCAGGGCCGGGCCGGGCCGGGCCGCCGCCGCCGCCGCCGCCUUCGCAGCGUCUGCGCCCUCCAGGAUGAGCCCGCGCUCCGUCCUGCGCUCGCUGCCGCUGCUCAUCCUCGCCGCCUUCUCGGCCAACGCCAGCAACUGGCUGUACUUGGCAAAGCUCUCCUCGGUGGGCAGCAUCUCGGAGGAGGAGACCUGCGAGAAGCUGAAGGGCCUGACCCAGCGCCAAGUGCAGAUGUGCAAGAGGAACCUGGAAGUCAUGGACUCCGUGCGCCGGGGGGCCCAGCUGGCGAUCGAGGACUGCCAGUUUCAGUUUCGCAACCGCCGAUGGAACUGCUCCACCCUCGACAGCCUACCGGUGUUCGGCAAGGUGGUCACACAAGGCACGCGAGAAGCUGCCUUCGUGUAUGCAAUUUCCUCCGCUGGCGUCGCCUUCGCCGUGACGCGGGCGUGCAGCAGCGGGGAACUUGAGAAAUGUGGCUGCGAUCACACGGUCCACGGCGUCAGCCCUCAGGGCUUCCAGUGGUCCGGCUGUUCUGACAACAUCGCUUAUGGCGUAGCUUUCUCCCAGUCAUUUGUGGAUGUGAGAGAGAGAAGCAAAGGGGCGUCUUCUAGCCGAGCCCUCAUGAACCUCCAUAAUAAUGAAGCCGGGAGAAAGGCCAUUCUGAACCAUAUGCGGGUGGAGUGCAAGUGCCAUGGAGUGUCGGGCUCCUGUGAGGUCAAGACAUGCUGGAAAGCCAUGCCUCCCUUCCGCAAAGUGGGCAACGUGCUGAAGGAGAAGUUUGACGGGGCCACCGAAGUCGAGCAGCGCAAGAUUGGCUCCACCAGGGUGCUGGUCCCCAAGAAUUCCCAGUUCAAGCCCCACACGGACGAGGACCUGGUGUACCUGGACUCCAGCCCUGAUUUCUGUGACCAUGACUUAAAGAACGGCGUCCUGGGCACCAGCGGGAGGCACUGCAACAAGACCUCCAAGGCCAUCGACGGCUGCGAGCUGAUGUGCUGCGGCCGCGGCUUCCACACGGACGAGGUGGAGAUGGUGGAGCGGUGCAGCUGCAAGUUCCACUGGUGCUGCUUCGUCAAGUGUAAACAGUGCCACCGGGUGGUGGAAAUGCACACAUGUCGGUGACAUGGGGGAAGCGAGCCAAGAGACCUCGUGGGACGGGGUCUUGGGAUCCCCUACAGAAAAUUGUGGCAAAGAAUGAAACAGAUCUCUUCUUUUUU